AUGACGGACGCGAGGCCGCCGGUGCCCCCGUUCACGCUCGCCACGGCGACGGCCAAGGUGCGCGCGGCGGAGGAUGCGUGGAACACGCGCGAUCCGAAGCGCGUGUCGCUGGCCUACUCGGUGGACACCAAGUGGCGCAACCGGUCGGAGUUUCUGAGCGGGCGCGCGGAGGUCGUAGAGUUUCUCACGCGCAAGUGGGCGAAGGAGAACGGGUACAGGCUCGUCAAGGAGCUGUUCGCCUUCGAGGGGAACCGCAUCGCCGUCAGGUUUGCAUAUGAGUGGCGGCAUGCGGACGGCCAGUGGUUCAGGGCAUAUGGCAAUGAGAACUGGGUCUUCGAUGAGGACGGCCGUAUGAAGGAGAGGUAUGCUAGCAUCAAUGAUGUCCCGAUUCCGGAGGCGGAGAGAAAGCUCACGUGGGAACAGGGCGCCAGGCCGCACGACUUCCCGGGCUUGUCACAGCUUGGCUUGUAAGCUUUUUUUUUUUGUUGGAACGCGGAUCGAGGGUGCUCGUGUCGUAGCGAAGACCAACCUUCACAGUUGCGAUUGGCACGUGUGAACGUCGCAAUAAACUACGCCCCACUCCUGCCGCAUGUCUGUUUACACACAUCAUUCAAGUGUGUGGGAGAACAACA